CCCCCAUUUUGAAUUACCCCAAAUAUUUAGAGCCAACGAUAACGUUCACCCACUCCAGCAAAACCACAGGCUAGGGUUCUUGUUCUUCACACAGUACUGGAUGUUAUUCCCACUGUUUCAUUGUGAAUUUGUAGAGUAUCUGCUCAGAGGUAUGGGCUGUCUCUUCAGCUGUUUCCGUGUUAGAGAUGAUCCUCCUCCUCCUCCCGUUUCUCAACCGAUCACGCCGAUGGAACCUACCGAUACUCUGGCUAGCAAUAGCUUGUGGUCUGUACUAAUUCCAGAAGCCGAAGAUGGUGAUCAGUCACAAGGCAAGGAUGGGGGAUCUGGUGCUACAGGAUCUCCAUUCUCCGAUGAUGGACUCAGGGCUGAGGCAAAAUUGCUCAAAGCUUGUGGCACUUUACCCCAAACUCCAGAAGAAAUACGAAACUCUGAGAAAUUUACAGAUUCACAAACGCAAAGUAGGGAUAUGGAAGCAACAUUUCAUUCAUGGAUUCCAAACACUACUACUGAAAAACCAUUAGAGAAGCAACCUGAUCUGGUACAUCCUCCAAUCAAACUUUUUGAGGAAUGGGAGACUGAAUCAGAUUCUUCAACACAAUCACCAAUUAGCUAUAUAGCAGAACAAAGCUCAGAUAGCAACAAAACCAGCUCUUCUGAUGGCUGUGUGGUUAUAGAUCAUGUUAAAGACACUCAGACACUCAACUCCUUAACUUCAUACACUCCAUUAAUGGCUGCAACCACACAAUUCAAAACAAAAUCUGUUCGCUUUGAAGGUGAGAAUGAUGCAAGCUCAUCUUCAUCCAAAAGCACUUCAAUAGAAACUACUAAACCAUCUGGAACACCAUGUGAUGAGAAUAUUAAGCCUUCACCUUAUCCAACCCCUCUCAAGUUAACCAAUGAUAUGCAAACACCUGGCACUGUCUUCCCUUCAUAUGUAUACACAAAGGAAUCUGGGAAGAAUCCAAAGAUUAGAUUGCAGUAUGUGUAUUCAGGGGUAGACCCUGAUAUUUUCUCUCGGUUAGAACCACCAAUUGAAGAAGGUCUUGAGCAGGUUGAUAAAGAAACUCCUCAAUCACAAAUCCAUUGGAAUCCUGACAAAGUUUCUUGGUGGGAUGGGAAUGGAAUCCCUAAUACUACUAACAAGUACAAAGAGGAUCAGAAGGUUAGUUGGCAUGCGACACCAUUUGAGGAAAGAUUAGAAAAGGCAUUAUCAGAUGAUAAGUUCAUCAAUGAGAGGAAGCAAAUUGGAGAGACUUUGCCUAUCCGAUUUUGAUGAGACAGAAAAAUCUUAGAAUGAUGGAUUUGGAGGUAAUAAAUAAAUUUUCUGGGUUAAAAAAAAUGAAAUAAGGAUUAAAAUGUUGGACAAAUUUUAGGCAUCUUGAAUAGAAUGGGUUGGUUUGGUUA